GCAUGACCAAAUAGUCGAAGUCGAAUAUUGUUUUAAAUAUAAAUUCCAUUGUGUAGUUUCCUGUUUGAGAUUUAACCGAUUUGGCUGAUGAUCAGGACAUAUGAAAACUAACCACAAUGAAUGCCCACCAAAGGUUCGUAAAAGUAAAACGGGAAGUAGCUAUGAAUUCCACAAAAAUGCAUUGCUGUCGGCUUUGCUUGCGGCUUCAACCGCAAAUGCAGUUCCGCGAAAUCCAGGUGGAGGUUGAGCUUCACCUGAAGAUACUGGAAGCUACAGACGUAGACAUACAAGCUCAGGAUGAAACGACGGUUGUGUGCACCAACUGUCUCCAGCUGGUGGAUAUAGUGUACCGGUUUCGGACGGCAUGCCAACGAGCGAAUACUAUACUGGCAAAUUGUGCGUUGCAGGUCCUGCCGGCAGGCAGCUGGGACGACGAAGAAACUCGUCAGGCGUUGGUCGAUUGUCAUGAUGUUGUUAAACGUCAUUAUAGCGACAUAGAAGACCUUUACAAUCGUUCUGGACCAGUAAAAUCUGAGCAUUUUGAAAUGGAAUAUGUUGUGACAUCGGAUGACGAAGACGAAGGAGAAAAUGAAGAUGACGGAGAGGAGACCAUUGAUUACGAUGAGGAUGUGAUUCAAUACGAAGAGGAAACAGGUGAAUACGAAGGGUAUACGGAAGUAUAUGAAGAGGGAACGCGAGAAUACAAUGGUAAAACGAGUGACUAUGUUGAGGAAAUUGUGCACGAAGAAUUAAUUAUUAAGGAUGAAUCGCUUGUACUAUUCGAUAAUAAAUCACAUUCAGACCAAGAUUCAGAUCGUGAUGAAGAUGACUAUUUUGAUAGGCCUCAUGAAUUUCCUGAGCCUUCAAAAACAGACCGUAUACCAAUCAAUACAAAAUAUUAUUGUUGCGAUAAAUGUGGCAAACUGGUACUAAAAACAUCGAGCGAGUAUCACGAAAACAAGCACCAGGGAAUAAAACCGUAUUCCUGCCCGCGGGCAGAGUGUGGUAUGACUUUUUAUUCGCAGAGGACUUGCAAAGUUCACGAGAAACAAGUGCACGAAACAGCUCAACUUGAGUGUGAAGUUUGUAACAUUUUAGUUAAGGGAAUACACGCCUAUCGAAGGCAUAUGGAUAAUCACAGCACAGAAAACCCCAGAAAAACUGAGUGUACAAUUUGUGGCAAGUUGUUUUUCAAAUCAUAUAUGAAGGACCAUAUGUCGGUGCAUUCCGGACAGAUGCAUUUUGAAUGCACUGAUUGCGGACAACGCUUCGGAGCAAACGCCUAUCUAUUGAAACACAGAAGAAGGUAUCACCGUUCUUAGAGUGAACGGCGCUGCCAACUGAACCGACUAAUGUUAAGGCUGAAUCUAAUAGAGUUACGUUAAGGCCAUUCUAAGUUAAUUAAGCUUCAAUCCAGGUUCAAUACAACUA